GUUGAUGUUUUCCAACAUGCCUGUCGUCGAGUCCACCGAGUGAUGCGCUGAUUCGAAUUUUCGGCAAGAAGAUAAAUCAUGAAAAUCGCCGUCGAAGGAUGUGCGCACGGCGAGCUGGAGCGGAUCUACGAGACGCUGGCGCUGCUAGAGCAGAAGGAAAACAUCAAGGUGGACCUGCUGCUGUGCUGCGGCGACUUCCAGUCGGUGCGCAACCAGGACGACCUGACGUGCCUGGCCGUGCCGCAGAAGUACCGCGAGAUGGGCACCUUCUACAAGUACUACUCGGGCGAGAAGGUGGCGCCCGUGCUGACCAUCUUCAUCGGCGGCAACCACGAGGCGUCCAACUACCUGCAGGAGCUGCCCUACGGAGGCUGGGCGGCGCCCAACAUCUACUACCUGGGCUACGCGGGAUGCGUCAACGUCGCCGGCAUCAGGAUCGCCGGCCUUUCGGGCAUCUACAAGGGCAGGGACUUCAUGAAGGGUCACUACGAGAAACCACCGUACUCGGAAGAGACGAAACGCAGCGUCUACCACAUAAGGAACAUUGAUGUUUUUCGUUUAAAGCAGCUUCAGCAGCCGAUUGACAUUUUCCUCUCUCACGACUGGCCUCGUGGAGUUUACCACUUUGGCGAUGUGGACAAACUGCUUCGAGCGAAACCCUUUUUCAAAGAGGAGGUUUUGACCAACUCGCUCGGCUCGGCGCCCUCUCAGGAGCUGCUCACCGUGCUCCGGCCCAAGUACUGGUUUGCGGCGCACUUGCACGUCAAGUUCCCGGCCAUAGUGACGCACACAGUCACCGACGACGAUGGAGACAAGCAAGUGGGGGUGACCAAGUUCCUUGCCCUUGACAAAUGCCUCCCCCGGAGACAUUUCCUCCAGGUAAUCGAUGUCCCGCACAACAGUGAGCAGCCAAUACAGCUGAGCUACGACCCGGAGUGGCUGGCGGUGCUGCUGCUGACCAACCACCUCUUGAGCGUCAAAGCCACCACCCAGUACAUGCCUGGACCUGGCGGCACCGACCGCUGGGUUUUCAACCCCAGCUCCGAGGAGAUGGACGCGGUCAAGGCCCGUUUCGAGGACGACCUGCAAAUCCCACUGAACUUUGUGCCCACGGCGCCGCCCUUUGACCCUAUGGGGCAUCCGGCCAGUCGGCAACAACGAAACUCAAUCGGGCCGAGCGUGAAUCCACAAACAACCACGCUGUGCGAGUGUCUGGGCAUCGACGACCCCAUGGUGUUGAAUGGCGGGGUCAGAGGGGUUGGAUCCCCGUUCAUAGCCAAACCGAGGGGCGACGAUGAAGAAGAGACGGGUGAAGAGACCGACGACGGUCCCAGUUCUCUGUGGUCCAUAUCAACGUCAGGCACGCCCAGCAGAUCAAGUCUUGUUCUACCAAGCCCGAAAUUAACCGAAGAUGAGCAGGAAGGAGAAUUAGACCGAACACUGGAGGAAACCACUGAAGUCAAAGACAAGGAACCACCGAGGAUAACAGAGGAUGACGAUAGUUCAGCUCAGAACAUGAACGAGCCCUCCAUCCCUAGUGUCAAGAGAUUCAAGCGGCGAAAUUAUAAUUUGUAUCAGUGCGCGUCUGAAGAUGACUAACUCUCAAUCCGUGAUGAUUUUAUUUUAGCGUUCCAAGAUCGCAUUUGAUUAAAUUGUGUUCAAAUGUGCGUCGUCCCUAAAAUAAAAAACUUUCAUGUUGAAGAAACUCAAAAACAAUUUUUUCAAAUAUAUGUGAUGAUUGCUGAUUCAAUGUAGGCUCAUAUUUGCAAAAUAAUCAUGAAUUUCUUAUUAUUUUUAGCUGCACAGCCAGUUUUCGGCUCUGGGUGCACCGGCGCCGCCACCUUCUCGGCCUGAUCACACCGUGGUGCAUGGUCUGAAGAGCUCGAUAGAACUUCUCAGUCAAUGCUCGGAACUGCAGC